AUGGCAGAGAAAAAAUAUCUAAUGGUGGCAUCUCUGCAAAUAGGAAGAACUUACAGCAAUUAUGCCUUUUCGACGCGACAUGAUUUUAUGGAUGAUCCAUUGAAAAUUCACAUCAACCCUGUUUGGAAUUCAGGUUCAAGUCGACAUCAGUCAAUCAGUACUCCAACAUGUCUGCUUCUUGAUAAAGACAAGGAGUUCUUAGCUUUCGGUUACGAUGCAGAAAAUCGGUUUGCAGAAGUUAUGGAGGAUGGUGAAAUAGAUGACCAUUACUUUUUUCAGCGUUUUACAACGUUACUUCACAUUAACGAGGAUGUUACUGAUGACAUGAUUAUUAAAGAUGUGACUGGAAAAACUCUUCCCGCCUCCGAAGUAUUUAAAUUGUCUAUCAAAUACUUAGCGAGUCAUCUAAUACAGACGUUGGAUAAGCGUUGCGAAGGUGUCCGUCAUGACGAUUUGCAAUGGGUUUUGGCAGUGCCUUCAUCUUGGACAGAAACUGCCAAACAUAUCAUGAAAUUAAGUGCAGAAAGGGCAGGCAUUCAAUCUGAUAACUUAGUGAUGGUACCCGAAAGCGACUCUGCAUUUGUUUACGGUCACUCUUUGUGGCUACAAGACAGCGAAAACUAUACACAAGACAAUGGAGAUUAUAUGGUUGUUGAUCUUGGAGGUAACUGUAAUGAACAAAAUGAUAUAUAA